AAGAGAGAGAAUAUUUCUCUUUCGACUGGAAGUGUUCGAGCACGAGUGUUUGAUCGCUUCUUGUUUGACACACCAUUUACAAAAAAUGGUAAGACCCAAGGUGGAUUAGAAGAUCAAUGGAAGAGAAGAACAGUGCUGCAGACUGAGGGUUCAUUCCCUGCGCUUGUGAAUAGGCUGUUGGUUACCAAGUCUGAAUCCCUUGAAUUCUCGCCAGUGGAGAAUGCGAUUGGAAUGAUUGAAACGCGGACAACUGCUCUGAGAAAUGAGCUAGAGGAGCCUCGUAGCUCGGAUGGGGAUCACCUACCACGGCUUCAAAGUCUGCAGAGGAUUCUCCAAGGAAGUGUUGCAGUGCAGGUGAACAGUGGGGUGUUGAGCGUGUGCACAGCAUUCUUAUCAGGAGAGCCUGCAACUAGAUUGCGUUCGCAGGAACUGCAGCAACUGAUCGCGGCACUGCUUGAAUUCAUGGCGGUUUGUAAGCGAGCCAUUAGGGUUCACUUUAGAUUAAUCGGAGAAGAAGAUCAGGAAUUCCAUACUCAGCUUGUCAAUGGAUUUCAGUCUCUCACCGCUGAACUCUCCCAUUACAUCCCUGCUAUCUUGUCCGAACUUUAGUGUAUCUUUGUCAGUUUUUGCUACGAAUUUUGUGCUUUUUUCUUCCACCAUUUGGCUUGGGUAUAUGUUUGUCAUUUCUGUAAUUCUUAGUUUAAUGACAACAAAUGAGAGAAAUUUUUUUAAUGACAAUUGUUUGACUUCUAAUUCAGAAGCUUAUGUUAUAUUC